AUGCAUUUCCUUCUAUACGCAUCAUCUUUGGCGUGUGCCAUUGGCACCAGCUAUGCACAGAUCUUCGUCCCAGCAGAAGUGCAGCAAUACGUCAGCUACGAUGGUCCAUCAGCAACUGCGAGCGUGAAGCCCAAGCCUACUCAGAAGGUGAAUGUAGCCGCUGCUGUCGACUGUAGCUAUUGGCUCGAGAGUAUCAAGCAUCAAGGUCUCGCGGCUUUCAACUCGAACCCGGGCUCCUACCAGGUGUUCAGAAACGUCAAGGACUUCGGUGCCAAGGGUGAUGGCGUGACCGACGACACAGCUGCAAUCAACAGUGCCAUUUCCAGCGGCGGACGAUGUGCUCCAGGAUCUUGUGCUUCCACGACGACAACGCCAGCGAUUGUCUACUUCCCAGCUGGAACUUACCUCGUCAGCUCCAGCAUUGUCUCCUACUACUAUACUCAGAUUAUCGGAAACCCGAAAUGUAUACCUACUAUUCGCGCUGCUCCUGGCUUCGCCAACGCUGCUGGAACUAUUGGAGUCAUUGAUGGAGUUCCAUAUGGCAGCAAUGGAAAGCUGCAAUUGGGCGGUGCCACGAACGUGUUCUGGAGACAGAUCAGAAACUUGAUCAUCGACACAUCGUUGGUCCCAGUAUCCAGCUCCAUCUCUGGUGUUCAUUGGCCAACUGGCCAAGCUACGAGUCUGCAAAACAUCGUGUUCAAGAUGAGCAACGCGGCAAACACUCAACACGUCGGCAUCUUCAUCGAGGAAGGAUCUGGUGGCUUCAUGAACGACCUCGUCUUCACUGGAGGCAAUAUCGGACUCAAUGUUGGCAACCAGCAGUUCACCAUGCGAAACUUGACCUUCAAUGGUGUCAGCACAGCUAUCAACCAGAUCUGGGAUUGGGGCUGGACUUAUCAGAACAUCAACAUCAACAACUGCUCGGUGGGCAUUGACUUGACCGGCGGUGGCGCUUCCGCGCAGACUGUGGGAUCCAUUACCUUAUUCGACUCGUCGAUCUCCAACACUCCUAUCGGAUUGAAGACGGUCAGGGAUUCCAACUCCCAACCUGACACUGCUGGAAGCUUGAUCUUGGAGAACAUCAAGUUGUCCAACGUACCGACUGCAGUCCAAGGGGCAAACGGGCCCCUCCUCUCUGGCGUGUCAUCAAUUUCUGCCUGGGGCCAGGGACAUCGCUACACGCCAAAUGGACCCAAUGAAUGGGCAGGCUCGAUCACUGCAAACACAAGACCCUCAAACUUGCUGCAGGGUGAUGGCAAGUACUACCAGCGCUCGAAGCCACAGUACGAGACCCUGCCACUGUCUUCCUUCCUCAGCGCACGUACUCUUGGUGCCAAGGGAGAUGGAAAGACAGACGACACAAGCGCUUUGCAAAGCGCCAUCAACCAGGCCAAGUCGCAGGGCAAGGUGCUCUUCGUCGACCACGGAGACUACUUGGUCACCAACACGAUCUACAUCCCUGCUGGCUCCAAGAUUGUGGGCGAAGCGUUCUCGGUCAUCCUGUCAUCCGGCUCCUACUUCAACGAUAUGUCGAACCCCAAACCUGUCGUUCAAAUCGGCAAGUCUGGUGAGGCUGGCAGCAUCGAGUGGUCCGACAUGAUCGUCAGCACCAAAGGCCAACAGAAAGGUGCUAUCCUGUUUGAGUACAACCUGGUUUCUCCGGCCGGCACACCAAGCGGCCUGUGGGAUGUACACGCUCGCAUUGGCGGAUUUGCAGGCUCCAACUUGCAGAACGCCAACUGCCCCAAGACUCCCAGCACCACGAUCACAUCUUCCAACCUGAACCAGAACUGUAUCUCUGGCUAUAUGACCAUGCACAUCACCAAGUCGGCCGCUGGCCUCUACUUGGAGAACCUCUGGCUGUGGGUAGCUGACCAUGACGUCGAAGACCCAGCCUUGAGCCAAAUCACAAUCUACGCCGGCCGAGGCCUCCUCGACGAAAGUGCGAAUGGACCCGUAUGGCUAGUCGGAACGUCUGUCGAACAUCACGUGCGAUAUGAAUACCAGUUCGCCCUGGCCAAGAACGUCUUCGGAGGACAAAUACAAACCGAAACCGCCUACUACCAACCCAACCCCAACGCCAAAAUCCCCUUCCCCGUCGUCACCGCCAUCUACGACCCCACCUUCACGCCUCCCACCGUAACCGACAACAACACCGCCAUCCCCGCCGCCAACGGCUGGGGUCUCCGCAUCUUCAACUCCUCCAGCAUCCUGACCUAUGGCGUUGGGCUGUACUCUUUCUUCAACAACUACUCGACGGACUGCUCGGCCCAGGGCAAUGGCGUGCGGUGCCAGAGUCGGAUUCUGAGUGUCGAGGGGAGUUCCGGGGUUAGUGUGUAUAAUUUGAAUACGGUGGGGACCCAUUGGCCGAUUACGGUUGAUGGGACGGAUGUGGCGAAGUGGCAGGAUAACCAAGACGGUUUUGUCCAAACAAUCGCGCUGUUUAGGAAGUGA